UUUUUUUUCGUGGUGGUGGGGGAGGUGAUUGGGUGGCUGGCUGGCUGCGGGAAGCUGCUUCCUUUCCCUUUGGAGAUGAUUGUGCUAUUAUUCUUUGCCUUGCUCUGGAUGGUGGAAGGAGUCUUUUCCCAGCUUCACUACACAGUGCAGGAGGAGCAGGAACAUGGCACUUUCGUGGGGAAUAUCGCUGAAGAUCUGGGCUUGGACAUUACAAAACUUUCAGCUCGCAGGUUUCAAACGGUGCCCAACUCGCGGACCCCUUACUUGGACCUCAAUCUGGAGACCGGGGUGCUGUAUGUGAACGAGAAGAUCGACCGCGAGCAAAUCUGUAAGCAGAGCCCCUCCUGCGUCCUGCACCUGGAGGUCUUCCUGGAAAACCCCCUGGAGCUGUUCCGGGUGGAGAUCGAAGUGCUGGACAUCAAUGACAACCCCCCCUCCUUCCCGGAGCCGGACCUGACGGUGGAGAUCUCUGAGAGCGCCACGCCGGGCACCCGCUUCCCCCUGGAGAGCGCAUUCGACCCAGACGUGGGCACCAACUCCUUGCGCGACUAUGAGAUAACCCCCAACAGCUACUUCUCCCUGGACGUGCAGACCCAGGGGGAUGGCAACCGAUUCGCGGAGCUGGUGCUGGAGAAGCCGCUGGACCGAGAACAGCAAGCGGUGCACCGCUACGUGCUGACCGCGGUGGACGGGGGAGGAGGGGGAGGAGGAGGAGAAGGAGGGGGAGGCGGCGGGGGAGGGGGCCUACCCCCUCAACAGCAGCGCACCGGCACUGCCCUACUCACCAUCCGAGUGCUGGACUCCAACGACAAUGUCCCCGCCUUCGACCAACCCGUCUACACUGUGUCCCUACCAGAGAACUCGCCACCCGGCACGCUCGUAAUCCAGCUCAACGCCACAGACCCAGAUGAGGGACAGAAUGGCGAAGUCGUGUAUUCCUUCAGCAGCCACAUUUCGCCCCGGGCGCGGGAGCUCUUUGGACUCUCCCCGCGCACCGGCCGGCUGGAGGUGAGCGGCGAACUAGACUAUGAAGAGAGCCCAGUGUACCAAGUAUACGUACAAGCCAAGGACUUGGGCCCCAACGCCGUGCCCGCGCACUGCAAGGUGCUAGUGCGAGUACUGGAUGCUAACGACAACGCGCCGGAGAUCAGCUUCAGCACCGUGAAGGAGGCGGUGAGCGAAGGCGCCGCGCCGGGUACAGUGGUGGCCCUGUUCAGCGUGACCGACCGCGACUCAGAGGAAAAUGGACAGGUGCAGUGCGAGCUGUUGGGGGAUGUGCCGUUCCGCCUCAAGUCUUCCUUCAAGAACUACUAUACUAUCGUGACUGAGGCCCCUCUGGACCGAGAGGCUGGAGACUCCUACACCCUAACAGUGGUGGCUCGGGAUCGGGGCGAGCCGGCGCUCUCGACCAGUAAGUCGAUCCAGGUACAAGUGUCAGAUGUGAACGACAACGCACCGCGGUUUAGCCAGCCGGUCUACGACGUGUAUGUGACCGAGAACAACGUGCCGGGCGCGUACAUUUACGCGGUGAGCGCCACAGACCGCGAUGAGGGCGCCAACGCCCAGCUAGCCUACUCAAUCCUCGAGUGCCAGAUCCAGGGCAUGAGCGUCUUCACUUACGUGUCCAUCAACUCCGAGAACGGCUACUUGUACGCCCUGCGUUCCUUCGACUACGAGCAGCUCAAGGACUUCAGCUUCCAAGUGGAAGCUCGGGACGCCGGAAGCCCCCAGCCUCUGGCUGGUAACGCCACUGUCAACAUCCUCAUCGUGGAUCAGAACGACAAUGCCCCUGCCAUUGUGGCGCCCCUCCCUGGGCGCAACGGGACUCCAGCGCGGGAGGUGCUGCCCCGGUCGGCGGAGCCGGGUUACCUGCUGACCCGCGUGGCCGCAGUGGACGCGGACGACGGCGAGAACGCCCGGCUCACCUACAGCAUUGUGCGGGGCAACGAAAUGAACCUCUUCCGUAUGGACUGGCGCACUGGGGAACUCCGCACCGCGCGUCGGGUGCCGGCCAAGCGCGACCCCCAGCGGCCUUACGAGCUGGUGAUCGAGGUGCGCGACCACGGGCAGCCGCCCCUGUCCUCCACUGCCACACUGGUGGUGCAGCUGGUGGAUGGAGCUGUGGAGCCCCAGGGUGGGGGCGGGGGCGGUAGCGGGGGGUCAGGGGAGCAUCAGCGCCCCAGCCGCUCUGGCGGCGGGGAGACCUCGCUGGACCUCACCCUCAUUCUCAUAAUUGCGCUGGGCUCCGUGUCCUUCAUAUUCCUGCUAGCCAUGAUCGUGCUUGCAGUGCGUUGCCAAAAAGAGAAGAAGCUCAACAUAUACACGUGUCUAGCCAGCGACUGCUGCCUUUGCUGCUGCUGCUGUGGCAGCGGGGGCUCGACCUGCUGCGGCCGCCAAGCCCGGGCGCGCAAGAAGAAACUCAGCAAGUCGGACAUCAUGCUGGUGCAAAGCUCCAAUGUACCCAGUAACCCGGCCCAAGUGCCGGUGGAGGAGUCCGGGAGCUUCGGCUCCCACCACCACAACCAGAAUUACUGCUACCAGGUCUGCCUGACCCCUGAGUCCGCCAAGACCGACCUGAUGUUCCUUAAGCCCUGCAGCCCUUCACGGAGUACGGACACUGAGCACAACCCCUGUGGGGCCAUCGUCACCGGCUACACAGACCAGCAGCCCGACAUCAUCUCCAACGGAAGCAUUUUGUCCAACGAGACUAAACACCAGCGAGCAGAGCUCAGCUAUCUAGUUGACAGACCUCGCCGAGUUAACAGUUCUGCAUUCCAGGAAGCUGACAUAGUAAGCUCUAAGGACAGUGGUCAUGGAGACAGUGAACAGGGAGAUAGUGAUCAUGAUGCCACCAACCGCGGCCAGUCAGCUGGUAUGGAUCUCUUCUCGAACUGCACUGAGGAAUGCAAAGCGCUGGGCCACUCAGAUCGGUGCUGGAUGCCUUCUUUUGUCCCCGCUGAUGGACGCCAGGCUGCUGAUUAUCGCAGCAAUCUGCAUGUUCCUGGCAUGGACUCUGUUCCAGACACCGAGGUGUUUGAAACUCCAGAAGCCCAGCCUGGGACGGAGAGGUCUUUCUCCACCUUUGGCAAAGAGAAGGCCCUUCACAGCACUCUGGAGAGGAAGGAGCUGGAUGGACUGCUGUCUAAUACACGAGCGCCUUACAAACCACCAUAUUUGAAGAUGUGGAGGCAGCUCUGUGGUGAGACCCAUGUGUCACGAGAUCGAGGCCCUUCAACAAACACAUGAAUGAACUCUGAAGCAGACGCCCUUUCCCAAAUUUCAUCUUCAGAGGAGACCACACCUUCUGCCAACAGCUGGAGUGUGAUCUCAAAGGAGACCUUAGGCCGAGGUUCCCAGUUAAAGUGCACUAAGAGUUUUGAAUCAUACAAAUUUGGAGUAUAGUGUUUUCCAGCAACAUAUAACUAAUAC